AUGGAAGGAACGGAGACACAAAGCGAAACUCAAGAAGAAUUUCCAGACCUUCCUGAAUUAGUACAAGUGCCCAAACCAAAUGCUAAAAUUAAGAGUAACAAUGUUGCGCCAGAUAACGAAAAAGAUAAUGAACCUGAGGCUGAACCUUCGAAAUUAGACAUUGCCCCCAAUUCCUCGGAAGAGAAUAACAAUGACAAUGUUAAAGAAAGUCGUAAAGUAACGGUCGUGGACUGUGAAGAAGUUAAAAAUAAUGAUAUCAAGAAUAACGUGGAACGAGGAGAAGCGAAUGUUGGUCCACGCGAUGAAGAUGCAGAUCUUAUUUAUGAUCCUUCGAGACUAAUCUCCCAUCGCAUCGAGAUUGCUGUUCAAAGAUAUAAAAAGAAUCGUAAGUUUAACCAUGUUCGAAAUCAAGUGUUUGAAGCCUAUAUGCGUUUUGGUGGCAUCGAGACGGGUCCCAAACCAUUUCUUGGACAAGAUGGUGUUGUAGAUGCUGAAGCUGACGCUGAAGAAAUUCUCGCACAUCGUGCUACCAAUUACGUUGAAGAAGAUCGUGUCGAAGAAAUGGAAGUUGACUUUACUUAUACUGCGACAGUUUAUCUCUCAAAUUUUCUGAUUGACAAAUCUGGUUAUGUAUAUAUGGAUCAGUUUCGCGAGGCACCCGAAGUUGUAAUUUCUUUCAUUAAUUACCUCGUGAAUCAACGAGUAUGCCCGGAAUAUAACGAUGAUAUGCAACGUGCCUUGGAUAUCGCGAAACGAGCAAGAAUAGAGCUGCCAAAGUGUAAGCUUUUGGCUCAAUCUGCGCCUGGUAGAUUCAAUAGGGCUUGCUCAUUGUUGUUUGGCGGAGAACUAUUUGGUUUGUUUGAUGACGCUUGGGGUGGUGAAGAAGAAGUCGCCAAAAUGCUUGGAAUCUCAAUGUCUGAGGCCGCAUCAAUAUUUAAAGAAGUGAUGGGUCGGGAAAAUACAACUGUUAGGCUGAAUGAGAAUAUGAAAAAGGUAUCAGAAGAAAUGGAUAUAAUCGAUAUUGACUCUCAUCCGAUUUCAACCCCAUUCGAUCCUAUUGAUAGUAACAAUACACGAACAUUACAAGAAAAUUCUGAAAAUAGCCAUGCCACUAUCAAUUCUACAUCAUCUGCUACUCUCACGGAAAAUGGCGAUGCCACUACAAAUUCAAAUGGCGAUGCCAUUACCAAUUCUACAUCAUCAACUAUUCUCACGGAAAAUGGCGCAAACUUUGAAAAAGCGCCACCUAAUUCAUUAUUUAGAAUGUAUAUUCGGAAACAUGGUAAUCCCGAAGAUGUACCAAUACCAGUUUUGCUUGGCCCGGAACAAGCUAAAAAUGUUAUGCCAGGCAUGCUAGUAACUGCUGAUUUUUACCAGCUUGAUAAUGGGUUUUGGUAUUGGGAUAGAGUCACGAAUGUUUACCCAUCAUAUUUCCUCAAGGACGAUUUCGACUCUGAUGACGAUGAAUAA